AAUUAUUUCCUGGGUGGCGACCGCUAACGUCGAUAUUACGAGACCAGCCCACAUAAAACGUCUGGCGGAUAUACGACCAAUGGGGCUAUGAGAUCACAAUAACCGCUAACCUUAUAAGAAUGAAUCAGCUAAGAACAGCACUAUAUAUAAAGAGAUUCAAAACCUUCUUGUCCAAGAAAAAUUGAACUUCACUUACUAACUACAAGAGUAUUGUCCGGACGUCACGACUAGUGGUCAAGUCUCCAUUUGCUCCAAAGACUGAAGAAUCAAGUUGAUCAGCCAGGAGUAGUCUUAAUCCAUGAUGUAUACUUUACUGGGGUUCCUUCUCAUGUCCUUUUUUGCUGUUUCCUUUCAAGAUGAUGUGAAAAUAAGAUAUGAGCCUAUUGGAUGCUUUAACGACAUGAUGAAAGAGCCAAGGCCACUUCCAGUGCUGAUAAAAUCUUUCCGAGGGGGUCAGAUAGACUGGCACAAUUUGAACAACACGAUCGAGGCUUGUGCAAAGGUAGCAUUGAAGAAAAAUUAUCUGUAUUUUGCACUUCAAUUUUAUGGAGAGUGUUGGAGCGGUCCACAAGCCCACUUGACUUACGAUCGGGACGGAAGGUCCAAACGCUGCACUCUGGGCGUUGGAAAACAGCGCGCAAACAUGGUAUACAUGUUUGCUGGUAAAGAGAAUGAAUGCACCGAUUAUCACAUUUUAAAUUCAUCAGACAGGUCAAUGAAUCAUAGUCUCGCUGGCCCUCCAAAGUGUGACCACUGGGUGCAGAAUCCCAGCUUUAAAGAUGUAAAUCGAUGGUACAGAUUUACUGGCAAGGCUGGACAGGCCAUGCCAGAAAAAUGCGUGGAUCCAUUUAAGUGUCAAACGUUUGUGAGUGGCUGGAUGGAUGGAAAACAUCCUGAGGUUGUCGAUGGAAUUCAAGAUAGACGUGCUUGCUUCAGUUGGAAAAACAACUGUUGUUACCGUUCAACUCAAAUACGCGUGAGAAACUGUGGUAAAUUUUAUGUGUACAAUCUUCCAAGCACUAAAGGGUGUCAAGAACGUUACUGUGGCAAUGGGGUUACCAGCUCCAUAAGCGUUUGAAGGUGUUGAUGGCUGUCAAACUUAUCAUAGAUGCAUUGGAAAAUAGAUUCAACAGAAAAUCGCUGCACUUGUUAUGUUUGCUCAUGGAGUACAGAGGGCGAUCCAAAUGGAAAAUGGAACAUUAUUAUUUUUGCAUCUUUGUUUAGAAAUUGUGUUUUAUUAUAGCAUUGAGUAGCGUCAUCACAAAAACCGUAAAGAAGAACUCUACUGCAAUGCUAUAUAUAUAUAAAAAUACAGAAUUUAUUUCUCGAGUGACUCAUGUUACUUAGCUUGCAAAUAAGUGUAUUUAUUUAUAAGUUAUGCUAGCGAUGUGAAAAUGUGCAAAAAAAAAUACCGAAAUUAGAAUAUUUUGAAGCGAUGAAACAGCAAUAAAUUGCCGUAAAGACAGGCAAAA